UCUGGGCGGUCCGGCGCCAGACCAUUGGAUGGUCCGGCACCUCGAAGAUGGCACACCCUCCAAUGAUCCGGCGCCUCGAUGACGCCAGACCCUUCCGAUGGUCCGGCAUCGGACCCUGCAAUGGUUUGGCAUUGUCGACGCGCCAGACCCUCCGAUGGUCUGGCGUCGUCGAGGCGCCGGGCCCUGCGAUGGUCCGGCGUCGUCGAGGCGCCGGACCCUCCGAUGGUCUGGCGCCUCGAUGACGCCGGACCAUCGCAGGGUCCGACGCCUCGACGACGCCAGACCAUCGGAGGGUCCGACGCCGAACUAUUUGAUGGUCUGGUGCCUCGACGAUGCGCGACCCUCCUAUGGUCUGGUGUCGUCGAAGACGUCGAGCACUCCGACGGUCAGGCGCCUCGACGAAGCUAGACCAUCAGAGGGUCUGGCGCCUCGACGACGCCAGACCAUCGGAGGGUUCGGCGUCGGACCCUCUAAUGGUCCGGCGUCGUCCAGGCACCGAACCAUCCAAUGGUCCGGCAUUGUCAAGGCACCAGACCAUCGGAGGGUCCGGCGUCGUCGAGGCGCCAGACCAUCAGAGUGCCUGGCAUCGUCAAGGCGCCAGACCAUCCAAGUGCCCGGCGUCGUGGAGGCCCCGGAUGCGGCUGCUGCUGUUGCUGCUCCUACUGAGGUGCAGAUGUUGUUGUUGCGGUCGCUGGUGGUGCAACUGCUGCUGUUGUGUCGAGGCUCCGGGCCCUCUGAUGGUCCAGUGUCGUCGAGGCGUCAGAUCAUCGGAGGGUCCGGCGUCGUCGAGGCGCCGGACCAUCGAGGCAUGGAGAAGUCAAAUGUGUCCAUGAACAUGGCGGUCGAGACUAUUGCAUGCACGGCUGAAGACCUGUAUCAAGAUAUAUUGAACGUCAUAGCAAGAGACGACGCUCACAAGCAAUGCGUUCGCAGUCCUGGGAGAGGGGUGGCAGGUAACGAUACCAACCAAGAAACGACGUUGCAAAUGGAAUCAGAGGAAAUGUUGGGUGUCAUUUGCGUGGCUGCAAAUGAGGACGCGGAUAACGGCGAGGGGACAGGCAACGAAGACACUCCGAUCAGCACAGUUGGCAGUGACUGUAUCACCAAGACUAAAGCAGGAACGCAAUUCCUGUACGAUAUCAACUUGGAGCCCGGCAAGGUGCAGCCAGGCUUGAACGGUGGCAAGCACUGCCUCGCCUUUAAGAGCGGUGAGACAUGGGUCCCUUAUCCUCCGCCUAAAUUGGCCACAUGGCGCUACAUCACGGCAGCCAUUAUUUUCGAUCGACUGACGAGGCUGAAUGACGGCGUCGCGCUUCCACAUCUGACGCAUGUCCUUUGGGAGGCACUGGCAGAAAAGGGGGGGUUAAGGCUGAAUGAUUUCUUUUACGAUUGUGAGGACUGCUCCCCACAAUGGGUGGUUUCUGACAGCACACGAGUUGGGGAUGAAGUAUGCAACGACAAUGAUGCAAGGCCGAAUGCGCGGUGGGGUUGGGUGCCGUCAAGCAUUCCUUGUGAAUAUGGGGAGAUAAGGAUGCUUGUCCGCGAUCUAUUUGGGAACUGUUGGAGUAUAGUUUAUAUAAAUGGCGAGUUCUCGUCUCGUUAUUUGGAGUAUGAGAUAGCGGAGUCCUUUGAUGCCGCGACAGGGGAACCCCUGAUCCCAGUGCAGAACCCCGUGUUUUCGCCAAUUGUGGAGGGGAAAGUUUUUUCGGGGGAGGACAACAUUUGUCUGCGGCAUGUAAGAGGAAGGAAGGUCACUUAUGAUGCGUACUCCGACACAAGGGUUGACGUUCAGCGGUCAGUGGCAGCGAAUGGAGACAGGUCAAGGAGAGCACAGCAGUUGUUGCUGCGCUUAUAUCAAAAUGCAUACAUGCAUGACGACCACACCAUGGCAUCUUGCUCUGCGAACACCCUUCACCAAGUCGUGGAUUGGAUGUGGAACGACCAUGACAUUGACAUGAUCAAAAGAAAUGGAGGCGGUUCGUACAACACAUCAGCGUUCAAGAAGUUUGUGAGAUCUCAGGCGAGAGAAAGUGAAAUGUUGAAGACAGGGGGUGGUGAGGAAUUGAAGCCGAAUGCAGCGGAGAUAUUGGCACUGAGCAGGAUGAACGAGGUCCCUCAAAGAGAUCCUAUUGACUACCAUGAACUGACAACAAUGGUGGUGGACGGUGUCGAGUAUGUGCUACUAGACCAGAUUGUUGACUUUAUGAAGAGUGGAGGCAAGGACAAAAAUCUCAUUCACGAGGCAUUGCAUGAGGUGACGGAGGAGGCAAUAGCAGCAGCGGAGGUUAUCAAUAUUGACUGCGUAAAGGAUCGCACACUCGACCUUGUAUCGGGGACUCCUGUGUUACGGUGGAACAUAUUCACAGCUGUAGAGGAGCUGACCGCGACAUCGACGAAUGUGGACAGGAGGAGGAAGAGAAAGUGCGGAUGGCAAAUGCUUGUUGCAGAACACGACACCUUAGCGACACACACAACAGACACGACAGUGCAGGACAGAGGUGGCACAGUAUCUCUGGCGGAUGUCAGGACGGUGUUGAAGAAUCAUGCUGCAAAUGGAACGAGUGUCCAUGGCGGAUUCAGAGAGUGGAGUUUGGCACCCAGACAUCCUUCACGUGACUUCAAUGAAGGAGUCGAACAAGCAUCGCAACAGGGAGAUGAUGUGGUGGUUCCUUGUGACGAGAAGGGCGAUGCACAAACAGGACCGCAACAAGAGAACCCGGCAUCAUCGGAGUUGGGAGUGAGUGGCAGUGAUACCAGGAGCGACGAGGCUGCGAAGCAUGCGUCGCAUGAAGGCAUUGUUUAUGAUGAUGCGCGCUGGGGAGAGGUUCUGGGACAUUAUCAAACCUCCAACUGGAAACUGCCGAAGUUGCACGACCUUCUGCAUUUGAGGGCGUGCAUCGAACGUUCUGGUCUCCCAGACAGCUUCGCGGCCGAUAUGUGGGAGCACCACCACCAAAAGUUUUGUAAACAGCCUUUCCUGUCGUCGAACAAGCGCAAAGCUUCGUUUCAAAUGGUGAAUCAUGUGCGACGGGCCGUCACAUUCGACGACGACAUUGAACGUGCACGUAAACAGAUGAAGAGGACAACUGAGAAUUGGUCGUCCGUCAUGGAGUGCUCGGCAAGCGGAAUGAACACACUUGCCGCACGCGACACGGCGAAGUUGCAUCUUCGAUUUUUCCCCCGCGAAAAUUUGGUAUUCAAUGGGAACGAAGGUGCGACGGGAACCGCGAAAGCGAUAUUGGAUGCCCUCCCUUGCAAGGACUUAUUUCGAGAAGCUCUUCGCACGUACAUGUCGAAAAACGGGUGCAAUCCACCGCAUGAGGACAUGUUAAUACGCACAAGAACGCAUCUUGCGAUUGCAGCAACCGCCGAUGGAACAACCAGGGGGGCACUUGUGCAAACUGCGAGGGUUUCACCCAACUUCCACGGGAGAGCGGUGCACAGUGAUGUUGAUGUGAGGGCACAGACAGGAAGAGAACUUAGAACGAAGCAAAGUGGAAACGCAAAAGGUCGACAAGGGAGCGUCACACACCGAGAAGAGGCCACAAGCCAUAACAAGAGAAGGCGAAGAAGCAACAAAGAGGACAACGGCGAAGUGCACAAUAAUGACAAUGGAGGCUAUGUUGGAGAGAUGGGAACACCUGUCACAGAAGGACCCGUGGUACAACAGAAUGUACUUGGCAGCGACAAGGGAAAAAAUUCGGUCAGCGGAUCUCGGACAUGUAGAGUCAUGCGGGAAAACGACGCAGGCAAACAAGGGCAGAAUGCAUCAAGCUCGUCCGACGAGUUCGAGGUUGUUAACGAGACAAAUAUAUCUCCACUCAUGUGGAAAGGCAAAAGCGAGGAGAUCCGACUAGCGGAGGCAGAUGUGAUGUGCUUGGCCGUUGGGAAGUGGCUCAAUGACAAUGUGAUGGAUAUGUAUUUGCUGUCCGUAUACGAAGAGCAAUUGCAAGGUAAGGACACUGCAGCAGUGCAUGUGUGCACAACUUUUUGGCAUCCGGCGGUGCUCACGAAUCAGAAAGUCGACACAGUGAAAAGGGGAUGGGAGUUGCGUGUGAAGAGUCGGACGACCAACAUUCAUCGACUGUGUAAAGACCUGGAGGUUGCACCGGUCGUGCUUAUUCCAAUUAACCACAAACAUCACUGGAUGCUGCUCAUAAUGUUGAAUGUAAGGGAGUUUUGGACCGACUGCACAUGCCUCGACGUCAUAAUCGUCGACUCGUGUGACGGGUACGAAGAUAUUGCUUCAUCAUUAAAGCAAGUACAGGAAAGACAGCCACCAGCACGCCUGAGCGAAAAGACUGCGGUCAGGAAAGAGAAGGGGAAAUUCCAGAGAGGGCCACAUGAAAAAAGCAAGACAUCACCUUUGCUGAAGUCACACGUGGACCGUGCUGCGGUCACGGCGUCGCCGAAAGCAAACAGGUCUGACUACAAUAAACGACAACGAGAGUCGAUCCCCGUCUCCCCGACAUCCACGAAGAAUCGCAUGCGACAGGAUCGAUCUCCGCCACAGGCGCCGAAGAAAAGGUCAUGUGCAGAAGGGGUGGAAGUACAACCUCGGCACAACGUCACAAAUGCGAAGAGGAGGAGAAUUAUUGAGGGGGAGGAGGAAGCGCAGGAGACCAUUGAUCUGAGGGGAUCCGAAGGUGUGGAGGCAGUCAACACCGAAAAACAACACGAGUCACGGGACACAGCAGGUCAGACGCAAAGGUCUGACGCAAAGGUUUCGAAAUUGGACACAACAGGUCAGACGCAAAGCUCCGACCUGUAUGAUGAGACAGACGACGGUGAAGAACGUAACGAGGGCACAUGCGACGAAGGACGAUCGUACGGAGAAGAUGCGAACAAGGAGGGGGAGGACAACGAGAAAGGGUAUAACAACACAGAGGAUAGCGAUGGCGAGGUCAAAGAGGAGGAAGACAUAUCUCGGAGCAGCAGCAGGGAAGAAAGGUGUAGCGAAGACAAUACACAAAACACGUCUCGAAAAACGCCAAGGAGGAAGAAGUCACGGACGCAGGCACGAUAGCAACGCCAACAAGCAGUUAGUUCUCAAGGAGAAGGCAAUUGAAGGACGUAAGUACGUAAUGUAUGAGAAAAAUAAAAAUAUCCGAACACA